GUACCUCUUCUCCAAUAACUUAACUUUCAAUUAAUAAUUAUUUGUCUUCUUAAGGGGGGAAAAAAGAGAAAAAAAAAGACAGCAAAAUUUGGAGAAUAUAUCAUGUUGUUUUGGGAGCAUUAUUAACUCGUCUUCUCUUCCCCUCUCACUGUCGCACGCUUCCAGCAAUUCAAACAACAACUAAAAGCACAAAUGAACAACGCAGUUAAAGCUCUUACAACCGAGUUUCUAAACAACGUAUCUCAAGCACCAACCUGUCCUGAUGAUAAUGAGAAAAUCAUAGUGCUGCCAAAGUACUGGAAUUGGCUUAGUAACUUAAAAAGACUAUGGGACCGACGAGAAGUCUGCUCAGGUUGUGGGUGGGAUGGUAAUCCUGCCCGUCUUCUUAGAGUUCCAACUCCUCAGGAUCAACGGAACAUAAUAUUUAGUCGCCCCAGUAGUUCCCAGUGCAUCUGUUGCAAGAUAAUUAAUCGUUUGGUUCAACUACAGCCAAACCUAGAUCCAGAUCGAUGGACCGUGUCCUUGUGGAUAAAUCAGGACAAACCCUGUGUUAUCCUGGAAGACAGUUGGUUGGAAGAAGAUCAAGUUGAGUGGAACUUGUUCCUCGCAAAUACUCAACAGAGAGAUCUAUCGGGGAUACCUAAGGGCUUCCUUGUCUCUGGCAAUACCGCGUCGGAAGCUGCCUGUGAGUGGGCAAAGCAGCAGUUAUCCGCCUGUUGCCAAAACCACCAGCAUUGCCCCACAGGAAGCAACUCGUUUCUUCCUACGCGACUCAUAUAUAUCGCUGGUACUAACGACGAGAUAAGACUAGUAGAUAGCUCUAGGCUACCUUCCAAUUCACGUUACGUAGCUCUCAGUCACUGUUGGGGUACAAGAAUACCCAAGUGUCUUACUACUAGGAACAAUUUUUUAGAUCAGCUAGAAAAUAUUCCUUGGAGUACAAUCCCAAAAAGUUUUCAAGAAGCCAUCUUGUUCGCACGCAAACUAGGCAUAGACUACUUGUGGAUUGACUCAAUAUGUAUCAUUCAACGGGACCCCGAAGACUGGUUACGAGAAGCCGGUCGAAUGUUCCCUGUUUAUCGGAACGCAUUCUUGACUCUCGCCGCAUCUCAUGCCGAAGACAGCUCCAAAGGCCUGUUCUCUAUCUUGGACCCCGCUGUUCAACUUCAAUUAGGUGUAAUCAGGCAUGGUACUGAGGAAUACCAAUUAUAUGCCCAGCAGUCUUUCCCGGAGGUCACUAAUUUGUACUUGAACCACCGGUCUGAACCCCUUUUCAAGCGAGGGUGGACGUUUCAAGAAAGACUAGUCUCGCCUCGAAUCCUAUACUUCACUAAGCACGAGUUAAUAUGGGAAUGUUAUUCUACUUCGAUCUGUGAGUGCGGGUUCCACAGAGAUGGGCCGUACAACCCUACAAGCUUGAAGAUGUUACAUGUCAACACCUUAGUAAACGAUCCGUCUUUUUUACAACAAUCCCCCGAACACUACAGCAAAUACAUGAGAAAAGCCAUAGGGUUUGCCAAGAAAAGCAAUUUUUCAAAAGUCGAUACCGAGAAGACAUGGCGCCGUAUCGUUCAGUUUUACUCGGAUAUGCAACUUACUAACCAAACAGAUAGACUUUUAGCGAUCGGAGCCACCGCAGAGCAAACACAAGCCAUUCGUAAAAACAAGGCAUACCUUGCUGGGCUCUGGUAUGAAUCGCUCGAGCUUGAUUUGCUAUGGGCUCGUAAGCGCAAACCAAAAGCCCAACAACGUUCAGAGCGCUAUAUUGCCCCCACUUGGUCGUGGGCCUCGAUUUCUGGUCCGGUUGCUUACGACCUCUUGUCCCCCCUUAAGGCUCAUGUGCAGGUGCUAGGCACAAGCUGCGAGUACAUAGACGGAAACCAGUUUGGACAAGCCGCCGGAGGGCAGUUAGUAUUACGCGGAGAAUCCGUCCCGUGUACUCUUUGCAAGCCUUCAGAGGACUCCCCGGAGGAUUACCGCAUAUUACAUUCCGAGCUAACGGUUGAGCUCGAGGUCAGUAUAGAUUGCGAGCCCUCUCCGCAGGAAGGGGAGCAAUCGGCUGUGGUAAUGCUGCGAAUAGCCGACACCUGCGAGUUUCCAGCACCUGUUAGCCUUAUCCUCAAAGAGGAAAAAGUAGUGGAUGGCCAGGUGGUAUAUACUCGGCUAGGGCUUGCGUCGCCGCCAGGGGUCAAGAUCAACGAGGAAGAUAAGCGCAGGAAGCUUGCGGAUUGGUUUGAUAGACACAGCGAGACUCGAACAUGUAUUAUUAUUUAACACGCUGGGAGUUGCCCCGUGUCCUUGGGGACAUUGUUUAUGAUGUUGUUAGGUUAGGCGGUUCGUCAUUACCUGUGCACAACGUGUAGUAUCCUACGUACUGCACAGGUAUAUUAGUUGAUUAUAG